CGCCCGCAGGGACCGAGUGCACGGCCUGGACGGGCAGCGCACUAUCUCCGCCGGCCGAUAGGGCCAGGCGGAUCGGCGACACCCACAACUUCGGCAAGUUGCCGCUGCCCUAGAGCGGCGCGGGGAACGCCAGCGCAGCCCCCUGGCGCGAGUAACGAGCCGGUCUGUGGGCACCGAUCCGGGUUCCUCAAACCUGAUGGAUCAAAGUGGGAAGAACCCAAAGCGUGGCCAGGAGGAAGAUUGGCAGUUUAUAGGGUCAACCGGCUGCGGGCGGCUCUGAUGGAUGGGCGGUGCACCCACUCCGCUAGCCCAGCGCCAGAGCCCGCCCUCUGGGAAAGCCAAUGCCGGGGCAGGAAGGCGGAUCUCGCCGAGCUCGCUUGGCCCGGUUCCUCCUCCCCUUCGCCAGCAGCUGCGCUUCGCCUGGGACUGGACCGAGUUAGAGUUGAGGCGCUGGAGGAGUAGCGCAGAGUGCGUGCGUCCCCGGCGGGGGGGGUCUGUGCCCGCAGGCGGUGGGGAGCCGGGCUCCAGCCCAGUUUGGUGCAGCCUUGGCAGAGACCAACAAGGAGAGGGAGCUCCAUUAACACACUACUUUUGUGAAAGGCAGCAAAUUGGCGCGAGAGCAGUUUCCCCACAGGAAAUAAAAGCACUUGGAGCAACUUAUUAAGGUAAACAGAUUGCAGUGGAUUUCUGGAUGGCAGAUCUGGAAUGGACACAAGUCCUCUGGGAGGAUUAGACCUGUCUGAAUAUACUCCUAGUCUGCUAGGGAAUACCACCAUGGCAGCAGGUCUUGCAAAUGUAGGAAAUACAUUUGGAGGGCCACAGAGUUCUUUAGUUUCUAGACCUAAUAAAUUCCAAAACUCGCCUAUAGAAGAUGAUGAUGAUGUAGUUUUUAUUGAACCUAUACAACCUCCGCAAAAUUCUACGUCACUGGUGGCAGAUCAAAGGAGCACUGCAUUUACAUCAUCCAAAAAUGAAGAACUUCAAGGGAAUGAUUGCAAAAUGCUUUCUCCUCCAAAAGACUUAAAUUCUCAGAAGGGGAGUAUAAGUGAAACUAUUAUUAUAGACGAUGAAGAAGACAUUGAAACAAAUCAAGGACAAGAGAAGAAUGCUUCCAGUUUUAAUGAACGAAGACUUCCAGAGUGUAAAAAUAGAACCAACGAAAUGGAAUUCUCAGCUUCCAGUUUUUCAAGAAGUAAGGUAAAUUCAGGAAUAGAUAAUAGUGGUAUAACCACAGAACCAGACUCUGAAAUUCAGAUUGCUAAUGUUACUACGUUAGAAACAGGUGCUUUGAGGUCUGUCAGUGACGGUCAUUUAGAAAAUACUGAAGGGCAUGACAUGAACUUAAUGAUUACACAUGUAACGUCACUGCAGAAUGCCAGCUUGGGAGAUGUAUCUAACGGACUGCAGUCAAGUAAUUUUGGUGUUAAUUUGCAAACAUACACCCCAUCUUUGACUUCACAGACCAAGACUGGUGUAGGACCUUUCAAUCCUGGUAGAAUGAAUGUGGCUGGAGAUGUAUUUCAAAAUGGAGAAUCUGUGACUCAUCAUAAUCCUGAUUCUUGGAUAUCUCAGUCAGCUUCCUUCCCUAGGAAUCAGAAGCAACCAGGUGUGGAUUCCUUGUCACCUGUAGCAUCACUUCCUAAGCAAAUUUUCCAGCCUUCUGCCCAGCAACAGCCUUCUAAGCAGGUUAAAGUCACAUGUGCGAACUGUAAAAAGCCUUUACAAAAGGGACAGACUGCAUAUCAGCGGAAAGGAUCGGCUCACCUUUUUUGUUCUACUACCUGCCUCUCAUCAUUUUCACAUAAACCCACUCCAAAGAAACUUUGUGUUAUGUGCAGAAAAGAUAUAACAACAAUGAAAGGUACCAUAGUUGCUCAAGUAGAUUCAAGUGAGUCUUUUCAGGAGUUUUGCAGUACAUCAUGUUUAUCCUUCUAUGAAGAUAAACAGAAUCCCUCAAAAGGAGCUUUGAAUAAAUCAAGAUGCACUAUCUGUGGUAAACUAACUGAGAUUCGUCAUGAAGUUAGCUUUAAAAAUAUGACUCAUAAGCUGUGCAGUGACCAUUGCUUCAAUAGAUACAGGAUGGCAAAUGGUUUAAUAAUGAAUUGCUGUGAGCACUGUGGGGAGUAUUUGCCCAGUAAAGGAGCUGGAAACAAUGUUCUUACUAUUGAUGGUCAGCAAAAAAGAUUCUGCUGUCAGAACUGCGUUGGUGAAUACAAGCAGAAAUGUGGCAAAUUAACAUCUUGUACUGGCUGCAGAGCUCAGUGCAGGUUUUUUGACAUGACUCAGUGCAUAGGACCUAAUGGAUAUAUGGAGCCAUACUGCUCAACUGUAUGCAUGAACACACACAAAUCAAAAUAUGCAAAAUCACAAAGUAUGGAAAUUAUUUGCCACUUUUGUAAACGAAACUCUUUACCUCAAUAUCAAGCCACAAUGCCUGAUGGAAAACUGUACAACUUUUGCAGUUCCAGUUGUGUAGCUAAAUUUCAGACUCUCAGUGUGCAGUCUUCAACAAAUGGUCAGUUUGUCUCUCCCGGUGAUAUUCAGUUGAAAUGUAAUUAUUGCAAAAGUUCUUUUUGUUCAAAACCAGAAGUACUGGAAUGGGAGAACAAAGUGUAUCAGUUCUGCAGCAGAGCAUGUUCUGAUGAUUAUAAGAAACUGCACUGCAUAGUUACAUACUGUGAAUACUGCCAAGAAGAGAAAACGCUGCAUGAGACGGUGAAUUUCUCUGGUAUCAAAAGACCCUUUUGUAGUGAAGGCUGCAAGCUGCUAUAUAAACAAGACUUUGCAAGACGGUUAGGACUGAGAUGUGUUUCUUGUAAUUACUGCUCACAGCUGUGCAAAAAGGGAGCAACUAAGGAACUUGAUGGUGUAGUGAGAGAUUUCUGCAGUGAAGAGUGCUGUAAAAAAUUUCAGGACUGGUACUACAAGGCUGUACGGUGUGACUGUUGUAAGUCUCAAGGAACUCUCAAAGAGAAGGUGCAGUGGCGCGGCGAAAUGAAGCACUUCUGCGAUCAGCACUGUUUGCUCCGAUUCUACUGCCAACAAAAUGAACCAAAUCUGGCAACCCAAAAAGGACCUGAGAACUUACACUAUGAUCAGGGCUGUCAAACCCCCCGGACAAAAAUAACGGGCUCAGCACCACCACCUUCUCCUACACCUAACAGAGAAAUGAAGAACAAGGCAGUUCUUUGCAAGCCUUUGACAAUGACGAAAGCCACGUACUGUAAACCUCAUAUGCAGACAAAAUCUUGUCAGACAGAAGAUGAUUGGAAAAAAGAGUAUGUCCCAGUGCCUAUUCCUGUACCCGUCUAUGUUCCGGUGCCUAUGAAUAUGUAUAGUCAAAAUGUUCCUGUUCCUACAGCAGUUCCUGUUCCUGUGCCAGUUCCAGUUUUUUUACCCACUACUCCGGGUAGCAGUGAGAAAAUCCAUGGAACAAUAGAAGAGCUGAGGGGAAAAGUACCCUCAGAUCCUCUGGAAACUGAUCUACUGAACUUGUCAGGGAUGGUGCCUGAACAUGCUGGAAAAGCGGAAGCUUCUGAUGUGACCAGUGAGUUUCCUUCAAGUGUGAUAGCUGAAUCAAGUCUACUAAACUCAGAAACAGAGUCACGGAUAAGCUUGCCUGAUAUUCCAUAUGAGCCAGACCUUGAUAUUGAAAUAGACUUUCCAAGAGCAACUGAGGAGCUUGAUACAGAAAAUGAGUUUUUAUUACCUCCUGUUUUUGGUGAAGAAUAUGAGGAACAGCCAAGGCCUCGGUCCAAAAAGAAGGGAGUCAAGAGGAAAGCGGUGUCUGAGUACCAGUCGCACGAUGACAGCUCUGAGAACUCUGAGUGUAGUUUUCCAUUCAAAUAUGCGUACGGUGUGAAUGCAUGGAAGCACUGGGUAAAGUCUCGAUAUUUAGAUGAAGAGCUUCCAGAACUAGAGGAACUGAAAUCAAUAAAGUCUGUGAAAUUAAAGGAAGAUCUAUUAUCACAUACUUCAGCUGAGUUAAACUAUGGGUUGACACAUUUUGUCAAUGAAAUUCGAAGGCCAAAUGGAGAGAACUAUGCACCUGACAGCAUCUAUUAUCUGUGUCUUGGGAUUCAGGAGUAUUUAUAUGGAAGCAAUCGAAAAGACAACAUAUUUAUUGAUCCAAUCUACCAGACGUUUGUCCAGGAAUUAAAUAAAAUCCUUAGAAGUUGGCAACCAAGCAUACUUCCAGAUGGAUCAAUAUUCUCUCGAGUUGAAGAAGAUUACCUUUGGAGGAUUAAACAGCUAGGAUCACAUUCACCUGUUGCUCUUCUGAAUACUCUGUUCUACUUUAACACUAAAUAUUUUGGCCUGAAAACUGUGGAGCAGCACUUAAGGCUUUCUUUUGGCACUGUUUUUAGACAGUGGAAAAAAAAUCCGCUAACAAUGGAAAGCAAAGCUUGUCUUCGAUAUCAAGUGUCUUCCCUGUGCAGAGCUGAUAGUGAAGAUAAAAUUACUACUGGGAAAAGGAAACAUGAAGAUGAUGUACCAGUAUUUGAACAAAUUGAAAACACGUCUGAUCCAGCUAGAUGCCCUGUGAAAAUGUUUGAGUGCUAUCUGUCUAAAAGCCCACAGAAUCUGAAUCAGAGGACAGACAUGUUCUAUCUGCAACCAGAGUGCUCUGUCUCCGCAGAGAGUCCCAUCUGGUACACUGCCACUUCACUGGACCGCAACACUUUGGAAAAUAUGCUCGUACGGGUUCUUUUAGUAAAAGAUAUUUAUGAUAAAGACAAUUAUGAACUGGAUGAAGACAUAGAUUAAAACAAACUUCCAAAAAACUGUCAAGCAAACAAACAGCAUUAGAUAUAGUCAUGCUGCUAGACCUUUACUAUGGAAAACAUUUCAAGUUUACCCUUUGUUUUAUGAGUUUUGUAGCAGUGUGUACCCUAACGUGGGUAUUACCAUGUAAAUAGUCUGUGAGUGAAAGUUUCCAUUAUUCUGUGUAGUGGUUUUAGGAUACAUAACAAACACAUUUCAGAUUUUCUUUUUUUAUUAUUUAUUUGAUUAGAUAUGUUUGUAACUUUUUACAUUGCAAAAUAUGAAUGAGAAUGUGCCAUGUGUAUUUUUUUUCCCCCCUUGUAGUACAAGACAUCCAUGUUGCACAACUCUGCUGUUGGAAGCUCUCACGAAAGGAGGCUCUUUUAAUAGCUUCUUAAACUGGAUGGUUGUGUAUGGGUAGCACUACUAAAGUUUAGAACUUGCUGUGUCUUUCAGAAUUUUUAAAUGAAUUGUAAACUAAUAGGUUUUUUACUUUUUAGUUACUGAAGCCUUAUGAGGUUAUGUAGAGAGAUUCCAUCUUAUGUACCAAAAACAGACAAAAGAGAAUGCUGUCAAUAUUGGUGUACUGUAAUGUGAAUCUAUUCUGGUGAAAACAUUUUUUGUUGCCCUUAUUAAAACCCUAGUGUCCUUUCGUUAUUUGUGACUCUCUCUCAAUUGCCCCUGCAAAUAAAAAAUAUAUAUACAAAUAAAUGAAUAUAAGCUUAGAGCAUGGGGUCAUCAAGACAUGUAUUUUGUAAAAAAGAAAACUAAAACCAAAAACCCCUCAAAAAAAAAAAAAAGGAACAAAAGAAAAAGAAAAAAAAUCUGAUGACAAUGCUGUAUAAUCCUUUUUCAUCUUUACUUUUCCAAUCAUAGUUGCCAGUACCUCAUAUUAAUGUAAAUUUGUCCUUUGUAGCCUUAGAACAAGGGGUUCUCUGCUGUAUUACAUGAAGUAAUACGGUACGCUAAAUUUUUAACCUUUGUUUAUCCUUGCAUUGCUGUAUUUAAAUACAGGCAAUACUUGACUAUGGGUGGGAAAAUUCUUAACUGAUGCCUCCAUUCAAAAGCCAUAUGAGAUGUGAAGUUACAGAAAGUCGAAAGACAAUUUUUCUUGAAGAAAAGUCCUUUUGUUUGUUUAUAUCCUCUUGUUGUACUUACUUUGCAUAAGUAGUCUUAUUUCCAGAUACACAUUUAACUGCUCAAGUUUUGUUAUUUGCUCUUAUUUAACUGAUGCGAACAAUAUGGUGGUUCAAGCAAUGGGUUUGCUAUUGUACUGAAAAAAAUGUAGUAGAAUAUUCUACUAUAAAGUAGUCAUAAGUUUAAGUCUCUCCUAAAUGGCAUUAGCCAUCUACUAAAGGAGAAAGUUUCUAUGUAUAUAUAUUACCGCCCAAGCAUUAAUUUCUUGCAGAGGCUGCAUGGCUUUUUCAUCUUCCUUAGCUUAGAGGAUUACACAUAAGGACGCAUCUUUCUAUACAGAGAAAUAAAGCUUCAGUUGCUUUGUUUUGUUAA